AUGGCGCUGAAAGCAAAGAAGGAAGACCUUGCCCCUCCCAAAGCCAAAGCCAAAGCCAAAGCAAAAUCUUUGGGAGCAAAGAAAGCAGAACUGAAAGGAAAGAAGAAGAAGAAGAAGAAGAAGAUAUGCAUGUCACCCACCUUCUGAAGGCCCAAGACACUGUGCCAAAGGCAACCCAAAUAUCUUCGGAAGUGCGCCCCCAAGAAAAACAAGCUUGACCACUGUACUAUCAUUAAGUUCCUCCUGACUACUGAGUCAGCCAUGAAGACGAUAGAAGACAAUGAUACACUUGUGUUCAUUGUGGAUGUCAAGACCAAUAAGCACCAGAUCAAACAUGCUGUGAAGGAGCUAUACGACGUUGAUGUGGCCAAAGUCAACACCCUGAUCAGGCCUGAUGGAGAGAAGAAGGCAUAUGUUCAGCUGGCUCCUGACUAUGAUGCUUUGGAUGUUGCCAAGAAAAUUGGGAUCAUCUAAACUGAGUCCAGCUGGCUAAUUCUAAAUAUAAAAAUUUUUCACUGUAUGUU